UCUCUCUCUCUCUCUCUCUCUCUGUCUCUCUCUCUCUCUGUCUCUCUCUCUCUCUCUCUUAGUCAUGUCUCCCAGUCGAGUUCUCUGGACGAAGUGCGUCUCGGGCUGGAGGGCGAUAAAUUAGCACCACGGAAAGUUGAAAUGAGACGAGACCCAGUUUUAGGCUUUGGCUUUGUGGCAGGAAGUGAAAAGCCUGUCGUAGUUCGCUCUGUCACUCCAGGAGGUCCAUCAGAGGGAAAGCUGUUCCCUGGAGAUGAAAUCAUUAUGAUCAACGAUGAUCCAGUCAGCAGCGCUCCUCGAGAGCGAGUGAUCGACCUGGUCAGAAGCUGUAAGGAGGCCAUCGUACUGACGGUCAUUCAGCCCUACCCUUCACCCAAGUCUGCCUUCAUGAGUGCCGCCAAAAAGGCAAAGCUAAAGUCGAACCCUGUAAAAGUCAGAUUUGCUGAAGAGGUCAUCGUUAACGGUCAAAUACCUGAAACAGUGAAGGAUAAUUCACUGCUCUUCAUGCCAAAUGUUCUGAAGGUGUACCUCGAAAACGGCCAGACAAAAUCGUUCAAGUUUGACACCAACACUUCCAUUAAGGACGUCCUAUUGACACUGCAAGAGAAGCUGUCCAUUAAAAGCAUUGAACAUUUUUCUCUGAUGUUGGAGCAGAAGCUUGAAAAUUCUAACACAAAGUUGAUGCUCCUGCAUGAGCAAGACAUGCUGAGUCGGGUGACUCAGCGUCCUUGCUCUCACAAGAUGAGGUGUUUAUUUCGCAUUGCUUUUGUACCGAGGGAUCCGGUGGAUCUUCUCCGUCGUGACCCUGUGACCUUUGAGUAUCUCUACGUGCAGAGCUGUAAGGAUGUUGUUCAGGAGCGUUUUGGUUCAGAGCUGAAAUACGACACGGCUCUUCGUCUUGCCGCUCUUCAGAUGUACAUCCUUACGAUCAGCACCAAACAAACUCAGAAAGUCUCGAUGAAAUACAUUGACGAGAUGCCAUCUGGCCACUCCCUUUCCUCUCUUCGCACGAUAGGAGUGGGGGUUUGGCCUGUUCCCUUUCCCUCCAGCAUGUUUCUGUCCGCAUGGCAGCGAUACCCUAUUACUCAAGACAGCUGCUGCGCCCCCCCUUGUCUGCCGCCCAUAGCAGACCCUGGUCUCCUGGGCACUAAGUUUUCUCGUUCGCACAGGGGCGCUUCCCCCGAUGCUCGCCGCUGCUCUCCCGGUGGCUCCCUGCGCUUGCCGUCUGCGUGCCUGCCGCUGGUCUUUCAUUCUUCCUUUUGCCCCUCUCUGUAUUUGCUCUGUUGGUCUGUCUCUUCGCCCCCUCCUCCACCUCUCAUCCUUGCCGUUCCUGUUGCAGUUGCCCUGACUUCCUGUCUUCCUGUCUCCUGCGUGUGCUUUACGUUUCUCCUUCCCCGCCUUGCUGGGGCCUUCCUGUCGGCUUCCUCUCCCCUCUGCGCCCUUCCCCCCGCCCCUUCUGUGUCCCCUGUGGUGGCGAUCGUUGCUACUUUGUUUCAGUCUUCGUGCUUUGCUUUUUCUCCUGUCCCACACUUCACUUGUGAUUUGUCCUUUUGUAUUUUUGCCCUCUGUCCUGUACCCCCGAUUCCCUUUCUUACCUCUCUUCCAGUUCGCGCCGCGCCCAUCUGCCCUUCCGCUAGCCCCGCCUCCCUUUUCCCCCGCCCGCUGCGUGGCCCAGUCUUUUCUACGCUAACUUCCCUCACGCUAGGAAUCACCCUUAUACUUGGAGUGCGCAGUCGCAUGGACUCGUGGGAUCUCGACACGUUGUCGCGACUGUCCUUCAUGCGGAUCUCCCACCUAUACACUGAAAUUACAGUUGCGUCUUUCACCGUAUAUUAUUCCCCCCGCACAAAACCAUCCCUUGUCUUCGUGUUGAUUCUUUUGCCCCUUUACACCUUUUCGUCUCCCAGCCAGAAUUAUUGGAAUUCGAUCACAGAAGGCCCACUUUAUCUGCAUCAGGAUGACUAUAAACCCUUGGAUUCUUGUUUGGACUUGGAUGGCUUCCAAUAUGGGAAUCACAUGGUCUACGCCGAUGGCAAAAUCUUUGGUAUGACUGAGGGAAUCGAGGAGCCGCUCCUGCAUGACAUUUGUUAUGCCGAAACCACCGAUGAUGCCGAGGACGAAGACGACAUUAGCUGUGAGGAUGACAUGUCAAUGAUGGCGAUGGCAGAUUCCCGAGAAAGAGCUCUGUCACUGCUUUCCCUGUCGGAAUCUAGCGACGACAUCAUUGACCUGACGUCUCUUCCACCGCCGCCUGAGGGCAACGAUGUUGAAGACAACGACGUGCUUUUGCAGUCGCUAAACUUAGCCAUAGCAGCUCCACCACCAGGAUUCAGAGACAGCUCAGAUGAAGAUGAGCACCAAGGAGAACAAACGAGGGAGAAAAGGAACUUGGACAUCCCAGUGUCACUUAUUGACUCUGUGCCUAUGAAUGUGGACACGGGGACAGAGGAAGUGUUGGAUGAUGCUGUCGUUUCCACGUUGCAAGCACUAGAAGCUUUGGCAGCCUCUGAAGAUCAGUCCCACCUACAAUCAGACAAUAAUUCAGGUGUAGAAAUAUCUCGCUCUUAUAGCCCCGAGUCCGCUUCCGAUUCCGGAAACGAGACGAAUUCUUCCGAAAUGACGGAGAGCUCGGAGCUAGCGGCGGCUCAGAAACUCUCAGAGAAUCCACUGAAAAUGUUUGUGGCCACAGCUGAAGGGUAUCAGACGCUGAACGCAGAGAAAACAGAGUUUCGUUUGAGAGCCACGUCAAGAAACCAGGAAGAAGAACUAAAGUCUACAGCUGUAGCUUCAUGUCAGGCUCUUCAUUCAGACCACUUGGAGAUGGAACCUGAAACAAUGGAGACCAAAUCGCUAACUGAUUAUUUCAACAAAAGGCACAUGGAUGGCAUGAUAGGCAAGAGACAAGGAAAAGUCGAUGAGGCAGACUGCAGAUCACGACUCGCUAAUAAAAAAGAAUCAACACAAAUCAAUGCAGUUGGCUCUAAAGUAGAGGACGUUGUUGGGAGAUACAGCAAUGCCAAUUCCAGAGAAGCUCUUCACACAGGGUUCGAUCUUCAGAGGACACCUUUUCCAUUUCAGGAUAAGAACGUACGAUCGCAGCAGAUCCUGAACUGUAAAGCAGAGGAGCAUGUUUACUCCAAGACACUAAAAUGUGGCCGCUCUAGCAGCACAGCUCCGAGUAAUCUCAGAGGAUCCCUGAUGGACCUGAACACACGAUCGACUGCAGAAGAAGCUUACUUAAUCCAGCAAGACACACACGAGCAGCAAAGUAAGGUACUGGCAUCCGAGAAGGAAGUGACACGGUUGUACGAGUACCACUUGCCGAAGAGGAUGUCGUCGCUCCAGAGCGAAGGCAUUCACUCGCUGCAGAGCUCGCAGUGCUCAUCCAUCGAUGCAGGGUGCAGUACAGGAAGCAGCAGCUGCGUCACACCCAUGGAUUCUCCACUCUGCACUGCUGAGAACAUCCAACUCAUCACUGAAUCGUCUUUGAAAGGCCUCGGAUACCCGAACGCAGAAGAAAAAGGCUACAGUCAAAGUCCACAUCGCAAAAUCGUCCAUCAGACGUUAGAUCCCAUGUUUUUACGAAAGCACCAGGCAGCGCUUGGUACCGAGUCCAGCACAGGACGUGAAGGAUGCCAAAGGAUGUCCAAGAUCAGAGAAACAACAGUGUAGUGUGUUGACGCUGACACUGAAACUGAACGCUUGUCAUUAACACACAGAGCAUCUACACCGAUCCUGACCAUUCAUGUAUGGCACAAACUCUUCAGUGCCAAAACCGGAGGUCUGUGGAGGUCGUCUCCUUCUUGCACCGACUCUCUGGUAGCCUCAGGAAGGCAGAGAUGGAACUUUCCUGAAACUUCGAUGGAAAGCUGUGGAGAAAAGUUUAUUGGCUUUGAUGGAACUUUUAAAGAACUUAAAAGGGAGUUCAGCUCCACUGAGGAACCCCUGGGUGAAAGCCAAGACAUGCCAUCAUUUACCUGUGGUGAAUAAUCUGGCAGGAUCAGGCAGCGAAUUCUGUCCAGCUCAAGGUGCCCGCUGACACAUCUUACCCUCCUGCCCCACCCUGUACUGCUCUUCUGCAAUUUAUACUAAGAACAGGAGAUGACGGGGUGUUAUAACCUGUCGGCUGUCGUUACACUGUACGACUUUCACUCCAAAACAAGUGUAGAAGAAUUCUUUGGUUGUGGGAGAGUUUAUAACCUCACCAUCAGCAGAUUAAAGUGAGAAAGUGUGACUGCUGCUACAGCUCAUGUGCUCUCU